CCUUGACCUUGUUUACGAAAAUUGGAACAUCUGCCGCUGACGUGCACUUCAUAUAUUGAUGUUACACGUAUGCAUUUAUUGCACGAAUUUGAUUUCAUGUGAGCGUGUUUAGAUAACGUUAAAACCUUGUGAGUUCUUAUCGAAUUGCCUUUUAGAUCUUCUGCCUUUUGCGUCUGGCGUUUCUGAAGUAUGUUGGAUAUCUAAGGUCUUUUCAAUGGCUUGCAGUUGUAGAGAAAGGCAGAGAUACACAAAGAAUAAAUUUGAUGGAAACCAGGAAUCGGAUUAUUCAGAGGAAGAAGUGUUUGAUAAUCUUGUUGAAUCUGGUGGUUUAGUAAGCGUGUCCCAAUAUAUGAAAGACAAUACAUAUUUGAACGAAAACUUCAUCCAGUGGCUUUCAAAACGCCGAGAUCAAAUUUCGGUAUACAAAAGACAUGGUACCCCCCUUUGUAUUGCUCCGUUUGAAAAAAAUGCAACAAUAUGUUUCGAACAUAUUGAUGGAGAAUGUACUCGCUUGAAUUGUCGACAUUUCCAUAUUUGCAAGUUUUACCUUAAUGGUGUUUGCAGAUAUGGCAGAAGAUGCUAUAAGAGUCACGGCUUUUUUGAUGAUCAUAAUAAACAAAUAAUAGAAAACCUCGCACUCGAUAAUUUUUCGGAAAAGGAAAUUCGGACCAUUAUUUUAUGCCGAUACCCACAAGUCUGUCGCAAUGAAGCAUGUUCUUUGGGAGAAGAUUGUCCAUACCUCCAUAUUUGCUACGAUUUUAUAAAUAACAAAUGUGAUGAUUUUGGCUGCGAAAGGGGACAUAGUUUUGAGACUCCUCACAACAAAUGGGUUCUUAAAGUGUAUAAAAUGGACCGAUGGCCGAAAGAAAAAAUAGUCUCGAUGAAAGUCAUUCUAAAUAUGCCCAAAACCCAAAAUCGCAUACAUUAUUCUAGUCAAUCUACACAGUAUGGCUAUGAUAUCCAAUCAGAUGACCUGGCAUACAAAGAAGGAAUGGUUGAAAUGACAUCAAAACGAAAGCAAAGAAACGCUAACACUGCAGUUCCAUCAGAAAAGUAUUCAUUUCCUACAUUCAGCACUGAAACUGACGAUGAUGCCGACAAGAAAAAUAUUUGUCUGGGACAGUUAGUAGGGGACUGUCAGAGAAAAAACUGCGAUGGACAUCAUAUCCGUCUUCCCUACUUGUGGCAAAUUCACAUCCUUGGAAAAUGGAUCAGUUUUGGUGAUGAAGAAAAUCAAACAGUAGAGCAACGAUACUGCAGUCUUGAAAAGACCGCAAAUGGACAGGUUAUCUUAAAUGGAAAUGUAUACCAAAUUGACAUAAAAUUUGAAGAAGGUUACGGUACAAUCGUACCAAAAUCCCGAUCAAUAUCUGGUCGGUUGAAUGUUCGACGACUUUCUACAGUGUCCUUCGCCACGGAAAAUACUCCAGUACAAAGAGGGUCAUUUCAUACUCAGUGGAGGUGGCACUUUCUUAAUGACCAUAAACAAUGGGUGCUCUUUGAUAAGGAUGAACUCCAGUACACUUUGGAGAGAAAAUAUAUCGCUGGACAGAAGAGUUAUUUGUUCACCAGAAAAAGUAAUCGAUUCAAAUACAGAAUCAAUUUUCCUCAUUUGAAACAAGCAAACCUUGAUUCGAACACAGUCCGCGAUAUUAUAAGACGACCUCUAUUCGUGCCUAUAGCUGACGUGUGUUUCCAGCGAUAUCCUCAAACGUUAAGAGUCCUCUUUUCUGACCCACAUCCUCCAGAAUGGAAUGCAUUAGACAUGGCGCACGAGUUUGAACUGAUUGAGCUAGAGGAAAAGCUUCCAGAAUUUGAUGGCGUUAAGACAGCUUUUUUCGCCACGUUAGAUCAGAAAAACUUUAAUAUUUGCAACAUUUAUCGCAUUCAGAAUCUGGCGCUUUGGAAUGAGUUCAACAUGAAAAAGGUAAAUCUAGAAAAAACUCAUGCAAAGAAAGCUGGGAGACUUGAGGAAAGACGCCUUUUUCAUGGUACCGAUUCUUACGACACCUGUUUUGGGAUAUGCACGAACAACUUCGAUUUCCGUUUAAGCGGCAAAAAUGCAACCGUGUUCGGGAAGGGCUCUUAUUUUGCUGUUUCGGCUAAAUAUAGUCACAACUACACAAAAGGUCCUAUUCAUUUGAUGUUUCAAGCCCGGGUCCUGAUAGGAAGCUUCGCAAAAGGAAGAGAAGAUAUGACCUGUCCUCCCAUUAUCAAGGGAGCAGGCCACAGACGAUACGAUUCAUGUGUUGAUAAUACUACUUGUCCAUCAAUAUUUGUUAUCUUCGACAGAAAUCAAUGUUUUCCGGAAUAUCUGAUUGCUUAUAAGGACAACUGCAGCAUGUGUGAAGAGAAUCGUAAAAACAGUAAUAAACGCACACCUAUUGGUUUUGGGUACAACCAAAAGUCGUACAUAUGAUAAAAAGUGACUUACGUUUGUAUAAUCUCAUUUAGUGUUUGACCGCUGAACCAACCUUAGACUCACACUUUGAUAAAAUAGUUUAAAAGUAUGAUAUCAACCACCAACCUCUGUCAUAGCUCCUUCGUAUUUUUAGAAUUGCAUAUCUAAAUUAUUAAGCAAAUGCAAGUCGUGUUACUCAUUUCUAGAGCGACUUGAUAACGCCAAUGACUUUAAGUUUCUUUCUCAUGAUGGGGGGGGGGGUGUUCAAACAUUGCAAGUACGAGUACCAAGGGUCAAUAGGAGUUCAAUAUUCAACACCUUCUGACUUAAUGAGUCCAUCUACGUCUGGCAGGGUUAAGGUAGCUACCGUCUUUUUUAAAAUGUAGCUUUAAACCAACGAGAAAUCUGAUUUGGUUGAAUUUGUUAUUUUUGCAAUAACUGUUUGCGCAACUUCUCACGUUGUUUUAACAUAGUUUAAUAUUGAAAACAAGUAAUAAUUGAGUACAGAAAUUUAUUUUUUGUGUCUUCUUAAAAUGCUUUAAUAAGAUAUUGUAAAUUGUUUUGAUAUUUUUUCCGAAAGAAUUUUUUCUUUAUAACUUUUGUGUUGUGCAAGUAUUUUUUGUUGCAUCUAAUUAACAUGUAAACGAGCUUGGAAAGUUAAUUGUUUGUCUGUUUUACACUAUGUUAUCAUUGUUUUCGAUUGAAAAUGUAGCGUAGAAAAUAUAUGUCAGCUAUGAAUUUAAUAUUUCGUGAAAAUACGGCAUUCUUGAUAUUUUGGACUUCAUUACAUGAAUGAUAUUUAAAUAUUGCAGCAUUUUUUGGUUUCAUCUUAUGACUUCCAAUAGAAAUGCUGUACAUAAAGGUUUCUCUUUCACAUCUUAGUUUUUCGGUCUUACAGUGUAUUUAAUUUUGAUUCUAUGUAAUACUAUUAUUGAAGCAUUGAUGUUAAAAGACAAUUCUUUGAUAAAAAAAAAAUUAAAUUAAAAUCUACAUUUUUUUUAUUCCCCUUCAAUUUUACUAAGAAUGUGGUUGAUUUUUUUUCAUUUAGAUGUGCAUUUUAUCUUAUCAAUAAAAGAUGUUUCUUUUCUUUAAAAAAACCUGUAAUACUUUAACCAAACGAUUGUAGUUAUUUUAUAAUAUUGUAAUUAAUCAAUUAGGUUUUAAAAUAUGUGAUACAAUAUAGAUUUUUCUUCCACUUGAAGGUGGCCCAACACAUGAAUAUAAAACUUGAUUGUUCUAUAGUAUUAUUCUGAAUUAUAUUCUUUAAAUAUUACUUUGUAUUAUGAUUUUACUAAUAAGAGACCAUUUUUUCGUAAUUUAUUUUAAAUGUUAUUUUUUUCUUUUUGUAUUUUUUUUUCAGAUAUAUUAGAAAUAGCUUUUUUAGCAAAAAUUGUUUACGGGUUUACCGCUUGGUCCUAAUGAAUGCAUAUUUAGAAUUAUGUAAUAUUUAAUGUCAAGAAGGCUAAGUGCAACUUCGUAACUUUUUAAAAACAAAACAUAUUUAUAAAAAUCAUUCUAUUUAUAAAAAUAGGAAUACUAAACAGACAAUUAUUGGCACUGUGAGAGUGUUACUUUGUUUAAGAUGCACAAAAUUUCAUCAGGAAGUCUGUUUGUAAAGAAUAACCAUCAAAUACUUUAUAUGCAACAUUCAAAACUUCGCUCAUUCUCGAUUUUUUAAUCGCUUGUACAAAAUGUAAUUUUGGGUUUUUUUCUUUUAAUAAUAACAACAAUAAUCAUUACAAUACACAAAUAUAUUUUUUUGGUAGUUUAAAUUAAGUCCUCAACUUUUUAAAGAUGCAUGGUCACAAUUUCGGUCAAAUUCUUUUUUUCUGUUUUAAUCAUUUACAAUGCUUAAAAAGUAAAUUUCUGAUGAUCAGUCGAAUUUAAGAGUCAUUUGUAAAUGUCUUAGCAAGAUACAGGGCUCACAAUUCUUUGUCAUGUAAACAAAGCUUGUGUCCUGUUUUUGCUUACAUUGGUUCAAUAUACCAGUAAAAAGUCUUUUUUUAAGGUCAUUCGUCUAUUUUCUUAUUAAUUUUAGGCAUAUAUAAACAGUUCUAACGUUUAACACUGAAAAGCUUUGUUUACAUAGCAAAUUAUAGAUGCCAAAGAAUUGUAAGCUCUGAUAUUAUUUGAUAAAGAAAAUAUUCUAAGUGGUUGACAUAUGGACAUUUGUUUAUCAAUUUCUAAAAUAAAAAAAGAGUCCCAGCCCCCUACGCCACAUCGGGUUUUCGGUCAAAUACUCCUUAUAUUUCAUACACGUGAGAUGGUUUUCUUUUAUUAAUGUAGAUUUUUUAUUCACAUGGAGUGAUUUUGAACGAAAAAACUUGGUAGUUCUGCAGUAGGAAUUGAAAUUUUUAAUAAAAUACCCUGAAAAUAAUACGUGGCGUCUACCCCAACUGCAUAUUGUCGAAUGUUUGAGCUUUUCUAAAGAUAUCUCAACUCCCAUGUUACUAGAGGUGGUUUAUCAUUAAUCACUGUCUGCCGUGCCAUACUUUUGGUAAUCAAAAUCGAUUAAAUUUAAACUUAAUAGGUCUUUAAAUACUUGAUGACCUACGUUCACCGCUUCAAAAUCAUUAUAAUUAUUUGUUACACCAAUUACAGCCCCUUAUGUGUGAUUCUACACGGUGAUUAAGUACCAAACAGAAUCUUUGAAAAUAAUUGUGAAUACGGGUAUGGGAGACAAUGUUAAAGGAGCAGUAAUAGCAUUAAGCGUCACACUGUCGUUCUAAUUUUCUCAAAAAUUGUUUUAAAAAAAAUGGUUGUAGUGUUUUAUCUUUGCAAAUAAAGUCAACAAUUACUGGAGAUACACAUAUGGGCGGAGUUAUCAAAACCAAGAGUGUAAAUAAGUUAUUGAAAAGGCAAUUUCAACAUAUAAUUUUGAAUUUGCAUUAAAUAACACAUUUUUUCUAAUACAAAGCCAUUACUUUUGUCACUAAAAGUGAUAAAAGCACAUUCAUUCUUAAUAAGCUACUUCUAGCAUUUGGAAUAAAAUGAAAGUGCAGUUGAUAAAUGAACAAGUACUGGUACACCAGUCUGACCAAGAACUUCCAGUUUCUCGGGGACGUUUAAUUUAUAUGAUAUACCAACUAGAUGUACAC